AUGUCUCCCAUCCUUGCCCGCCUCGCCGCCCGCAACGUCGCCUUCCGCGGUGUUCAGCAGCAACAAAGAACCUUCUCCGUCUACAAGUCCCUCCGGCAGUUCGCCCGCUCCUUCGAGCACGCCCCCUUUGAGCGUCUGCCCGUCUCGACCAACUCUGCCGCCGCCGACUGGGGGAGACAGAUCAAGAGGGUUGGAAAGCAGGGUGCUGUUUACUUCCCUGCCAUUGGCAUGAUCCUCGGGUGGCCAUACCUUGCUGCUUCGGGUCUUGAUGGUCGUGUUUAAAACAUACCUACCUACAACUCCCUAUCAAGAGGCACUCUCUUCGAUGAAACACACACACACAUCCACCACGACACACAUGAAUAUUUGCUUUGUUUGGGUAUAACGGCGUUUUGGGAUACCAAUUGGGUUGGUUGGGGUUUUGCAUAAUGGAUGGGCUGGGAGGUUGGCUCAGUCGAAAGUAUAUUAUUGCACAACAGAACACACAGGAUUUAGAGCGUUAUACCUACACUCUUAGGUUGGUGGCUGGUCUGGGGAGUAUAUACAAACACAAUCAAAAUGCAAUGAAACCUCCAGUAUGCAGA